AUGAUUGAAGAAUUUCACAAAAGACUUCAUGAAAAUAUUGAUCUAACCCCAUUAUUAUAGGCACUCAAUCAAAUUCCAUAAUUACCAACUAUCGAUUACCAUUCUUAAUUAACCCAUGAUGAAAUAUAAAUAUUAACUAAAAUUUUUGAUCAUCAAGAAUUGAUUAGAAAAGACAAAUUAUCCUCAAAGCUAAUAAUUGAAUUCAAAUAAUUAAUUGAUUAAAUCCCUCAUAAAGAAUCUACAUUCUAUUAAAGCUGUAUUGAACAAUUUGAAAAACACGUAAAAAAUUUAGAUUAUCAUUCUCAACAUGAAAUAUCUAAUUGGUCACUAUCAAUAAUGCCAAUUCAAAGUGUUUAGUGGAUUUUAAGUAAUUGCAUUUUAUUGCCAGAAUUAUAUUAAACAAUGAUUCACAAAUUUUAAUAGUUAAUUCUUAAUCAAUUAGAAUUAAUUCAACCAGAAGAACAAAUUGCUGAAUAAAUCCUCUUUCAAUCAAACAAUAUUUAAGUCUUUAUUUAAAAUGAAAAUAUUAUUCUAAAAUCGAAUCAUCAUAUCAAUAAAUAAAGUGAAAUGAUUAAUAUCCUAAUUGGAUUCCUUACAUAUUUUGAUUAUAUCAAAAUAGAUAUUUCAGAUUUCCUAAUUAAAACAAUUUCCUCAAAAUAUCGAUAGUAUUUCAUCACUCUUUAAAAUCCAAUUUUUGAUGAGGUAAAAAUAAUUACCAAAUAUGAGAAAUAAAUAAAAUAAUGUUUAGAAUUUGCAAAUCUUUCUGAAAUUAUUGAUAAAUAAUAUUAAUUUACUUAAUUAGAUAAGUUAAAAUAGAACUUAAUAAAAUUUAAAAACCAUUAUGUUGAGGCUAUUGAUAAAUUGUAAUUUAAAUAAUAAAAGUAAUAAAAUUGGAAUUUAAGCUUUUUCAAAUCAAAAACAGAAAACACUUAAAAAGUAUCUAAUCAAGUAUUUGAUUAAUUGUAAAACGAUUGGAAAAUAUUGGAUUCAUUCUUAGAAAAUAACACAGAAAAAAAUGAAUAAAUAUAUUAACUGAUAUUUGAUCAUAUUCGAUUGUUAGAUGUAUGUUUGGAUUACAAAUAUUUGUAGCAUAAUUUUCAAUCUCUCAAUUUUUAUGUUACAAUAUAUUCUUAAAUGGAUCAAAAAUUGAUAAAGCUAUUAUAGCAUUGGAAAAAUGAACUUUUAAUAGAUUAUUUAUACAACAUAAAAAUAAAAUUGAGACAAUAUUCAUUUUAAGCAAGCGAAUUUAUUGAUAUUUGA